CCCUCAUUUUAAUUGUUAUUUUACUUCUUCGAUAUCCUUUCCCGUGUUUCUGAGUCGUUGAGUCCUCUUUGAAAUCGCGACCUAGUAACAGUGAAAGUGUGAAUCCAAAAAACUUGAGAGAUUUAUCAGACUCAGUGAGUGUGAAAGGCUAAAUCGUAUACGGGAACGGAAGGAAGACAACGACGAAGAACAUGUCUUCUCCUCCUUCCUCUUCUUCUGGUAAAGCAUUGGACUUUGAAGCCGCAUCAAAAUCAGCCGUUGCUUCUGUCGAGUCCCUCAAAUUCAAACCGCAAGACGACAUCGCCGGCGGCGUGCAGGUCACUAGCUUUUCGGAGAUCGUGGAUGAAGUGACGCUUCACUUUCAAAUCAUUCGUCUCGCCAAGCAGAUAUACGUAUGGAUCGGCUCUACCUCUGCUAAUUUGGGAAAUUUAUAUGCUGCUGCUCCUACACGACCUAAUAAUACGGUGAGCGUGACUUCAAUUCUUGGAGGUGUUUCAGAUAACACUGGCUCUGGAAUUGCUCGACGAUUAGUGCUAAAGACUGGUCUUAACAUAAUUGUGGCCUGCAAUAUCCCAAAGAAUAACCCCAUGCUUGAGGCAAAUGCUGAAAAGAAGUUAAUAGAGAAGCUAAUUGCCUUGGGGCACUCGAGGCCGAAAUCCCAAUCCUCAGGUCCAGGGUUGUCUUCCUCAUAGUGAAAAAACUGUGAUUCAUAUUUGCAUUUGUAGCAGCAAGCAAGUAGACCAUACAAGUCUUCAGUGUAGCAUCAGUUAUGGAAUCCUUUUUAAAUCAUCGUAUUCGUUCAGAAAUUUAACCGGCAAAACAGACUGCACCUAGCUGUGAGACAAGCAAUGCUGUAAGCUUUUCUGUUAUGUCGUGUGAAUUGUCUCUCAUGUCAUAAACGAACAGGUUGCAACUUGCAAAUGCACACGUUUUUUAUUUUCCUA